GCAUCGGGGCCAGUCGAGUCACUCGCGGGAGCUACGCGCGCGCGCUACGAACCGCUACGUAGUACGUAGCGUCUUACAUCCCCCACGCACUACGCGCAAGUGUCUACCUGUGACUGUGAACGUUAAUGAACCAACUACGAUCCUUAGUGAAGCGGUGUUUGUGCCACUUUAGGAACAAAAAGUGCUAACAUAGUCCCGGCGUUCAAGAAACGACAAGGGAAACGAAAGUUUAAAGCAGAAGCUACGAAAAUUUUAAAUUUUUGAAUUGGUUCCACUCAAGCUCUUAAGGACAUAAAGGGGCGACUGUAACUAAGUGGAAUAGUUCAACAAUAUAGGGGAUAGUUUGACGUUCGGGCUCGCCUGCCACCAUGAGGGGAGGUUCGGGAGGAUAGCAUGAUAGCGCCUGCCACGGCGGCCUGAUGGCGCUUGUGCGCCGGAUACUAGGCGACGCCCAGGCGAAACUUCGCAAGAUGGUCGACGAGCAAGUGUCAGUGGGAACAAGAGUGGAGGCUGACGCGGAGCCGGAACCUGCGGACCCGCUCAUCACGCCAGCAUGCUCCGCUCUCGACAGGAGCGACGAUCCGCGCCCCAUCCCUCCAGAGCGCCGCCUCCUCAUCAGCACCCUUGACAAACCUCGCAACGGGUCGCUGAAUGGGGAUAGAGAGGGCACGUUAAAUAGAUCGACGAGGCUCUCCAUUAAAGCCAAAGAUAAUCCUUUCAUAGUAUCAUCACCAGACGACGAUAAUAAAGAGAACCAGGCAAACGGCAAAAUCGAUUCUCCGAUCAAAUGGUCUGUACAAAAUGGCAGCGACAGUGGGACGUACGCCGAAAUUGGGACAGGAGGGAACAGCAAUACCAGUGACAGGAAUGUCCUGGACCCUGCUGACAGUUCAGAAGAGGAGGUUCCCCUACCCGAUGCGACGUCUCCGGGCCGAAGUAGUGACGGCCCUGAGCCUCGAGCGGAUAUCACUGCAACUCUUGAUGGAGGGUCGGGGUCUCCUGGCGGACGGUCGGACCGCUCGAGGCAGGAAGAGGUCCCUGCGUCCCCGGGGAUGCUCAGCGCUGCGCAGCUGGCGCGGCGGUUGCGGAUGGAAAACGAGCGAUUGCAGGCGGAGUUGACGCGUGUACGGCGACUGCUGGUGGCCGCGGCCGAGAGGGGUGAGGCUGGGAACACGUUGAUGGAGCGAUCCCAAGGCGACACACAAGAUGGACCGCCCCUCGACCCCCAACAGCUAGAGAAGGAGCUCCUCCUCGCCAGAGAAGCUGUUAACUCCUUGAAAGCCGACAAGAAGAGGCUCAAAGCCGAGAAAUUUGAUUUGCUGAAUCAGAUGAAGCAGCUGUACGCCACUCUAGAGGACAAAGAAAAAGAGCUCAGGGAUUUCAUUAGAAAUUACGAACAGAUGCGGUCCCGAAGCGGCGCGUCUUCGGCGCUGGGUGCCGAACGUGCCGAAAGAGAGCGCGAACGAGCAGCACUGUUACGGCACGCGCGAGACGAGGCCGAGAGAUCGCUGCAGCUUGCAGCAGCGCUCAGCGCGCGUGACACACAGUUGCGGCACGCAAGGGAACAGUUGUUUGAGGCACGGAGACAAUUGCAAGCUGCAGGGUGUCUUUCAGAAGGCGAGAGUGUGGCGUCUCUAGGCAUCGGGCCACCGAUGAUCCUGGGCGGACCGUCGGGUCUGAUGGGCGACAGAGGUAGCUGUAGUGCCGACUCUGGUGUUAGAGUGACAGGUAGCAGCGACGGCGGCGCCACGUCGGUGUGCGGUGGGAACCUGUCGGAUUCCACAGCAGAAGGAAUUCCACCGACCCUGGAUCCGUAUGAUACUGAUGCUGCCUCACUCGUGUCUUCCGCACACCCUAUAUAUCAGCUGAGCACGCCGCGCGACUGCAGCCCGACGCUAUCGCCACACAAUAGCGCCUCGUCAUUCACCCGCUCCAUUGAUGCCGCAUCGCUCUCCAGGUCAGUCGAGCAGCUGUCAAGUCCGGGAGAAUGUGACUCGGGACUGGUAGGCAUGAGGUCGAGGGCUGGCGGAUCAAAAGGUGGUCGAGGAAGAGGCUCCGCUUGGGGUUCGAUCUCAAGAGUGUUUGCCCGAAGUCGACACCGCACCAAAUCAGGCAGUGCGGUCAGCAGUGGACAUGAAAGUGAGCCAGUGUAUGCCGGGACAGGCAGCACGUGUCGCGCGUGGUCGCCCCUCGGCAGCGAGGCAGCGCUGCGCGAGGCAGCCUCGCUGCCAGUGUCGCGAUGGCGCGCGCCUGCUAUCAUUGCAUGGCUGGAGCUCGCUCUCGGCAUGCCGCAAUACGCAGCUGCGGUCGCCGACAAUGUGAAGAGCGGCAAGAUACGUGCUUUGAAUGGGCAGGUUCUGCUCGAGCUCACAGACACGGACCUGGAGGUCGGCCUGGGGAUCAGCCAGCCCAUGCACAGGAAGAAACUGCGGCUGGCGAUCGAGGAGAGGCGGCGACCAGACCUCGUGAGAAACCCGAGCAUCGGGCAGCUGACUCACGCCUGGGUUGCGGCCGAGUGGUUACCUGAUUUAGGACUUUCACAGUAUGCCGAAUCAUUCGUGACCAAUCUAGUAGACGCCCGAAUGCUAGACACCAUCAGCAAGAAGGAAUUGGAGAAAUAUCUUGGUGUCACCAGAAAAUUCCACCAAGCCUCUAUCGUCCACGGCAUCCAUCUGCUAAGGAUAAUGAAAUACGAUAGACAAGCUCUAGCAGUGAGGCGGCAUCAAUGUGAAAACGUAGAUGCAGAUCCGCUAGUAUGGACUAAUCAAAGGUUUAUGCGUUGGGCGCAUAACAUCGAUUUAGGCGAAUUUGCUGAUAAUCUCAAAGAUAGUGGUGUCCACGGUGGUUUGGUUGUAUUGGAACCGUCUUUUACCGGUGAAACAAUGGCUACUGCCCUAGGUAUACCACCAUCUAAGAGUAUAAUACGAAGACAUUUGGUAGCUGAGUUUGAUGCUCUAAUUGUUCCAGCAAGGAAUAUGUUCGGUCAUCAAAUAAGGAUGUUGGGACGACCUUUCUCAAGAUCAGUUGCCACGGGCUUGCCUGGAAUUGACUUCAGCGCUGACUCUAGAAGACACAGUCUAAGGGGAUCAAUAACACGUGCGCUUGGAGCCCUGAAACCUAAACACGAUCGGCCAUCGCCAUCUAGUUCAAGCGAAAGUUCUAGUGUUAUGAGUUUGACACAGCCUUACAUGUCGUAUUCACCACCCAUAGCUGUGCGUACUCUUUCGCAACUGAGUAUGACAUACGCUCCACCGCCCACACUACAGGAAUACGAACCGAUAUAUACGCCUCUAAGCUUGUACUCACAAUCAAGUGUGUCAACGAGGGAUAGUAUGACACGACUCAAUGACAUUAAGGAAACGGACCGUAUUACUCACAGGUAUGGGCAAAGAGCGGAGCAAGCCCACAGAGUGAGCUCCCCACUGCCCAAGUCCGAUGACAGCAUUGUGAAACAAAAGAGACACCGUCGAGUCAAAAGCAUCGGUGAUAUCAACGCAUCGAGCAAGACAUCCGUUUAGUCAAUUAUGUGAUCAUCAGUAAUAAUAUGCUGUCCUUGAAAAAAUAAUAGUGAUUAGGUGGAAAUUACGAUCAAACCAUUAAAACUAUAAGACAACUAUAGGAAAACCAUAUUACUAUUGAAUUUAAUGUUAGAGUAGAAACAGUGAAUGAAUGGUGAAUUGAUAAAUAAAUUUUGUACCUUAAAGUAGAAUCUCCUCUCGUAUAGUAUUUUUGAGUUACCCAGUUAUUUGUUGUUUUUUUUUCAUCUUUAGUACAACGUAUUCUUUAUAACGUGAAUAAAAAAAAACAACCCUGUGAUGUUGUGAAAUAGAGACGUAGUUUCCCCAGUAACAAUUAGUAGUGUAAAAUAAUAGUAGAAUAACUGAGACCUACUGUUACAACUACUUAAUUAGAAAAAUUCUAUAAAUAAUUCUAACACAGAAGUACUACUGUGUAUUGUUUAACAUUUUGUGUAUCGUUAGGUAAACCAAUACUGUAUUUUUCGAACUUUUAAACAAUUUUGAAACUUCUUUUUUGAUCUUUUAAAGCAGAUAAAUUUGAUAAUUUACAAAACAUGUUCCUAUCGCUAUAAUCCUGAAAGUACAUUUCAUAACUAAUUAUAUAAGCGUUUAGCAUAUCACAUUUGCGAAAGAAGCUACCGUACAGACUGAUAACUAUAUCAUAAUAAUUAAGUUCUGACUUAUAAUAUUCAGUAUUCCAUUUAUCAUAGUUUUUCGAGACAUACAUGUACUUGUAUCUUCAUGUAGUCAUUACAUUAUGUAUAAUUUUUUACAUCUGCUACUCGUUCAUGAAAUUGUUAAGAGUCUAUCCACAUGACCUAUUCUACUACAAUAAUUUACCAAAUAUUUUAUAAUUUUUGUUAAUUCAUACUUUAUUCGAAAUGUUUUUACUAAUAAAAACCCUAUAUUCAUAAGCUCACUCUGUUGUGACAAAACUAUCCAAAGAUUUUAUAUUGUAAUUCAAAUAAACUAGGGCAUUAUUGGGCAUGAAGAAUUACGCUUAGGUACGCUUUUUUAUUCUUUUUAGAUAAGUAUGCUUUUUACACAUUUUUAAAGCAAAUCUUUUAUAAGAGGUAUUUUAUUAGGUGUAACUAAGAAAUCAAUAUGAAAUCGCACCAAAAUGGAUUACUUACCUACCUAGUGUGGAAAGACUCUUCUGCUAAAUAAUAAUUAUUGCCGAACACUGUGAUAAAAAUACACUCACACACAAUACAAAGUUAGGCAUUUGGUUUUUGAUAUUAUAAU